CAGAUUUCUGUUCUGCAGGCUCUUGAGAGUUCCUGUCUGGCUGAUUCCGUUUCAGCAUAUCUCGUUUUCACCAUUUCGGGGUACUGCCAUGUCGUCCCUGUGUUGAGCCGGCCCGAUUCCUCCCAGCAGAAGCAAUGAGGCCCACCGAGCCUCAUGAUAGGGCCUCAAUUCCGCGACUGAAGUCGUUUUCUCGCAGCUCGUCGAUACCGCGAGACACGGUAACCGUUACCUCUGACGUCAGCAGCAGGACCUCCGCUAGCAGCAGCGCAGUCGUUGCUGACGACGAAACAGGCAGGUUAAGUACCAGCGGCUCAGUUACUAUCGCGGACAGCAGUGACAGCUCCGUUAGCGUCAGCGUGACGCCAUCAGCAGGGUCAACUGGCGUGACACGUCAUGGCAGCGAAGCUUCAGUGGAGCUGCAGGUGUGGGAGGGAGGCGAAGACGUCAGACAUGUCACUGAUGUUGUCGCUCGCAGGGCUGAUCAGGACCGCUGGAGGGAGCGGGAGGGAGGAGAGGGAGGAGAGGAGGAUUUGAGACCAGCAGUGGAAUUGGCCGAGAGACACAGAUUAGGGUUUGGUGAGAGGCAGGCAGUAGGGUUGGGCGAGAGGCACUACAGCAGCGACAGGGACACGGACACGGACAGAGAUGAGGAGGGCGAGAGGGGAAAGGGAACAGCAAGGGAGCGGGGGGCAGGGAGGGUGCGGGAGAGACGCGUGGAGAGAAGCAAGUCGGGGGACGGAACGGCGGGUAGGAACUGGCUAGGCGCCGCUGCUGCUGCUGCUUCUGCUGCUGGUACCGCUACUGGUGGUGGUGGUGGUAGUGCUGCUGCGAUCGCGGGUGGUGGCGGUGGCAGCAGCAGCAGCAGCAGCGUGAGGGCGAGCCUUGGGUGGGGCGGGGUGAGCGUGCGUCUGUGGUGCGACCCUCGCAGCGUGUGGCCCGUGGCGCGCGUGCUCGUGCUGUUGCUGCUCUGGUACACCUUCAGCACGUGCCUCAGCCUGUACAACAAGAUGCUGAUAGGGCAGCAGCACGGGCGGUUCCCUGCGCCGUUGCUGCUGACGGCGUUCCACUUCGCGCAGCAGGCGCUCAUGGCCUCUGCGCUGCUGCACUCCGCCUUCCCCGCCGCCCUGCCGCCGCUGCCCCUCUCCUCAAGGGACUACUGCCUGAGAGUCAUACCCACAGCGGUGGCAACAGCAGUCGACAUUGCACUGUCCAAUCAAUCCCUCGCUUAUAUCACACUCACGUUCUACACAAUGUGCAAGUCCAGCGCGCCCAUGUUCCUGCUGCUCUUCGCCUUCAUCUUCAGGUUGGAGCCUCUCAGUUUCCGGCUGAUCGGCAUCAUGAUGGUCAUCUCUGUGGGGGUGCUUUUCACAGUGGCAGGAGAGGCGUCGUUCCACGUGUCGGGCUUUGUGCUCGUGAUGCUGUCUGCAAUGGCGUCUGGGCUGCGAUGGGUGCUCAUUCAAGUGCUGCUGCAGAAAGAUCGCCUCGGUCUGAGCAGCCCGCUGGUGUCCCUGGCCUAUUUGACCCCCCCCAUGGCCGUCACGUGCUGCCUCUUUUCCCUCGCCCUGGAGCCCCUCUCCUCGCUGCCCGCCUCGCCCUACUUCUCUCCGCCCUCGCAACUCGCACCCACACUGCUGCUGCUGCUGCUCGGAGGGGUGCUCGCCUUCCUCAUGAUCAUGGCGGAGUUCCUGCUCAUCCUGCACACCAGCGCCGUCACCUUCUCUGUGGCCGGCACUGUCAAAGAGGGCGCCACCAUUCUGGUGUCCCACCUGGUGUUGGCGGACCGCUUCACUCGUGUGAACCUGGUGGGCGUGCUCAUCAUCAUGGUCGGGGUCUCGCUCUUCAACCUGCACAGGCUGUCUCGUCCCCCCCGCAUACCGCACGGCACGGCACCCCCUCUCACGCCCUCUUCGCACUCGUUCCCCACCACCCCCAAGUCCGCUCUCACUCCCACUUCCAUAGCCACCACCCCCACUGCUUCCUCUCAACAUCAGCACCAGCACCGGCCUCCUCCCUCCCCUGCCGCCCGUCUACCCACUCGCUCUCCUCGCCAUGCUGUGCUCCCGCACCCUCCCUCUGUGCACAUUGUGUCCGCUCGUCCCACUGCUGCUGCUGCGAGCACCAGCACGAACAGCAGCAUGAACAGCACCACUGACAGCCGCAGCAGUGGCAGUGGCAUAAGCAGCAGUGCGAUUGCGGGCAAUCAAGCUGACAGCGACGUGCGCAGUGGAGGGGAUAGCAGACGUGAGACUGCUGUAGUCCUGACGUCUCCCAUGCUGAGGGUGGUGUGUGAGGAGGCUGAGAGUGAGGAGGUGCAGCAGGAGAAGCGGCCUCUUUUGCAGGAUGGCAGCAAGAAACACAUACAUUUGUAGUGCGGCACGCUUACAACUGUUCAGGGCUGUAAAGGUUGUGUUCUUGUCAUCCUUUUACCAGAUGUGUGGACCACCGUGCCUUUCAAGCUGUGCCAGCAGGCAGGCAGUGAGGCAGUGAGGCAGUGAGGCAAUGAGGCAGUGCGGCAGUUGCUGAAAGGAUCUAACAUGUUGUUGGAAAUACCUUAAGGACUUAAGCGUUUUUGAAGUGUAACACCACACUCGAGGAAGGUCGUAACGGGUAAGCGAGUCAACGGAGGUUACACGAAGGGAUGGACAAAC